AUGCCUUCCAAUCAGAUGUACGAAGGAGUGGCAGUGAUGUACCUCGCUCUUCCCAUGUCUCCCCUAUCUAUCCCCGUCCUUGGAAAGUGUAGUCUUCACGCACGCAACUUAAUUCUCAGGUUUCCAAACUCAAAAAUCGCGUUCGAUUUGCCGAAAAGUCUCGGAUCAAACUUGAAGACGAAAGAGAAUCUUGAAUUAGAUCAGGAGUUUAAAAUGGCAGGUCCUAAUGGAGAAAUGAAAUGUUGUAGCUUCCAACGAUCGUCGAGUUAUCGUUAUUCCGUAGGUUCAAGAUUUCCGAUAGAUGAACACAACUGCUUCAAACGCAAACUUAAUUGA